AAACCUGGCUGGACAGUCCCUGUGCAGCAGUAGAUACUCUCCAAACCCAGCUCUUGUAGACUCGCUGCAUUUGAAUUUGAUUUUCUUAUCAUAACAUGACAGACAUACUGUUUGCUGUAGUCAUCUUGCAUCAUUGAAUUACCUGUUAGAGAAGAUGCAAAUUCAUGACUCAAUUUAUCUCUGAUUGAUAUUUAAAAGAAUUUGUUAAGAUUCACUGCAGGGUUGUGAUAAGCUCCUUUUUUAUUUUGGGGCAAAGACAACAAUUGACCUUGUAGAUAUCUUCUAUUGGCUGCACCACUGACCAUCUAUCAUGGAGUUACAUAUCCUAGAACAUCGAUUGAGGGUUUGUACGGUCAAGCGGUCAGAUCUGCUUCCUUUCAUUGGCUCCCUAAUAAAACUCGCCCUUCUCCAUGAAUACAGCAAGAGCAAGUUUUUCAGCUUUACCUUGACAAGUCGAGACUUCACGAUUAUACUUGAUGAAGAAGGCUUCAAAGCUUUGCCAGACCAGGCUGAGAAGAUGGGUAUGGUGAUACAGUCCAGUGCUUGGCUUGUCCUGGAAGCAACGGCAGGAAAUGAUGACGCAGGGAUGACUACCAUCACUCGGAACAUUAUCGUUCCUCUUGCCGAUAGAGGGCUCUCUAUAUUCUGUCUCUCAACUUGCCAAACAGACUAUGUGCUGGUACGAGAGGAGGACCUGCCCAGCGUGACCCAUUGUUUGGCCCCUCAGUUCAGUGUCUUCCGUGAAAUUGAAGGCAAUUCUGAACCUGUCACCUUAGAUCUUUCCCAGAAUGGUGUCCAUGAACCAGAGGCUAAGAGAGCAAUCAUGUAUCCUCUUCACUUUCCAACCAAUAACUUCUUAGUCACGAGUCUACAACCCGAUAUGUUGCCAAAGAUCACGAGCAGCUUAUUACAAGUUCUUUUCUAUCCAGAAACAUGUGAUCUAAUAGAGACAGUGUCGUCAUCGAGUCAGAAGGAACAGUUUGUGUCAUAUUCCCUAAUAGACGAUAGGAUAUCGCUGGUACUAGAUGUAGAUUUAUUAGAUAGGUUUCCAGAUAACUGUAUAUGUGUUGACUCAGCCAAAGAGAGAUGGAGGAUGGUUAACACUGGUGUACAAAAUACAGGAUUUGAGGAGUGUGGUAUAGUAGCACAGAUAGCCGAACCUCUUGCCAGUGAGAACAUUCCCAUUUUCUACCUUAGUACAUUUCUCACAGAUCAUACUCUGGUUCCGGAGACUGAGUGGAACAAGACACUGACCGUAUUAUCUCAUCGUGAAGAAUGCCAACAUCAAGACCAAGAAAACAGUGUCAUUGUUGAUCAAACAAUCCCAACAUCAUCAUAGGAGAUUCAUCAUUACAUGCAACUGAGUAGUACCAGAAAGAUUGAUAUAACAUAUAUUCUUGAUAGCUAUGUGUGUUUGUUUUAUAUGUUGAUGUGUGUGCAGGUAUGUGGUCUAUGUGAGACUCUGCCAUAUUUUUAUAUUUGUGUGUGUAGUGCAUGAAAACAACCCCAGAAUUUUGAUUUGGGGUAAAAAAAACUUUGAAUGACAUAUUUCAGGUAUUACAUUUUGGGGGUAAAAAUAUUAAAUUUGGGGUUAAAUUUAUAUUGACAUAUUUCAGGUAUAAUGGAAACAGUAUUCUAAAAUCUUUGAGCAAGUUGCCUGUUUUAUAUUAGGAUUGGCCUUGCUUUACUUCAAAAGCACUGACUGACUGCCUCCAAUGCUUACAGUUUGCUACCUAACCUGUUAAAGCUUGAGCUUAAAGUGAUGUCAUAUCAGUGAUGGAGAAGAUGCAGUCCAAUCAUGCUCGACUAUCUUUCAUGUAUCAAGACCCCAUCUCUGUCUCCUCAGUCUGCGCUUCUCUUAAUCAUUCAUCAGAUUCAUAAAAAAGCCUCUAUUUUCUCUUAUAUUUCAUUUUAUUCUUAUCUAGUGCAAACGGAAGACAUAUCUAAUGAUUUAUAGACUUCCACAAUACCAAAGAAAUACAUCAGAUUUUUUUCUUCUUCAAUGAAUAAACUCCUCUAAACUUUGAAUCUGAUCUGCCAUAACAUAAUUUCAUCUUGCUGCUUACAUGGGUUAGUGAUGGUCCUGAAAUGUAUGUACAUUCUCAACAUCCAUUAUUGAUGAAGGUGAUCAUAACAGAUCAGGCUACGAAACGAUAUAGUUGGUAUCCUCAUAAAUUAUGUCAAUUAUUUGAUGUUGCUUAUUUCAUAUCUUAAGGGCUUGAAUUAUAUAAUGUUCAUUUUCAUGAUUUUUAUAAUUUUCAUGAUUUUUAAUAAUUUUCAUUUCAUUCAAUUGGGAUCUUGUGCCAUAUUGGACCACUGAAAUUGCUGCAUGUUUUAAAAGCUAAACCAGCUAUUUAACAUUGCUGCAAGUUAGAUUAUUUGUUACAGUAAAUAAUAAAAAUAAAAGAUAUACUAUAUUGGAGGAAUAACUGAUCAUUUUCGUAUAAUUGAAAAAAAUGAUGAUUGUUGUAGAAAGCGAUAGGGUCAUGAAAAAAUGCAAAAAAAUAUAUAUAUAUUCAUCAUUAUCUUGUACAUAAAUUUCAAUCAGUUACAGUACCAUCAUUAUAAUCAUUGCCAUGAAUAGUAUUGUAUUGAUCAUUGAAUUAAUGUUAUUUGGAGAAGAGAAGAAUAUUUUGUGUUUAUGUACAUCCACAUAUUACAUUUUUGUUAGUAUUAUACUUUCGUCAUUCCAGCUUAUCUCAUUUUCAAGUCCAAUCCUAAUUUAUUUUUUGUUUUAUGAUGGGGUUCACUAUGGUAUUCCCAUCUCUUUUUAGAUCUGUUUUGUAAUUUGCCAUCAUUUCUGUGUGAUUUGUUUUUUCUUCUGCGCAGUUCUAUAGAUUCCGAGUUCAUUUUCCUUCUUCAGAUAUAACAGAACCUUUUAAUGAUGAAAUAUUUCUUACCACAAAAAAUUAUUUGGCAGAAGUGUUGCUACACCCCCUGAUUAACCUUGUAAUAAAUACCUCAUAAAUGCCAAGUUACAUGUAGUUUAAGAUCAAGACUGUGAGUGAUGCAUUAGAGACAGAUGAACUCCAAGUGAAGUUCAACUUUCCAACUCAAACUCUUGACAUAUUAUGAAAACAUAGGGCAUUUCAGUACAAUAGGGCAUUUCAGUACAAACAAUAUCACUUUUCAUGUGAUAUUGUUUAUAAAUAUUCUUUAUUUCAGAGUCAAAAUAUUGCAAGCUUACAAAUAAUCUCUCUUUUAACAUGGUUUCUUCUCGUAUUUCGAAAAUAAGGGCAUUUUGAAGGUAUGUUGUGUACUCAGUGAUCAAUAUUGGCCUCUUUUGGUUUAACCAUUUCUAUAUUUCUGUGCGAUAUUAACGUUUUCUAAAAUUAAUGAUUGUUAGUAUUCAUGGAUUAGAUUGCACAGUACAAAAUAUCAAUUGUAAUACCUCUUUUGUACAGUAGAGUGAUCAGCCCAACUCCUAGAUACCACGUAUAAUGUAUAUUUUUGUAUAAAGUCGGGCUUGUAAACUUUUCAACUUUGUGUAUCUUGUGUGCCCCUGCUUAUGAUGUCAAAAUCAAUACAUAUAUACAUGUAUGUGUGCCAUAUACCAACAUGAACGUGUAGUGCCCCCUCUAUACUUCAUCUUCAGGGGCAUAGUUACCAUCCAUUAUGCUUGAGUUCCACCUUUGCAUCUGCCGCGCUGCAAGUACGCAGUAGCACGUCCACAGUUGAUGUUGUAAAGUGUGCAUUCUUGUUCUGUAUUGAACAACCCGAUACCUACAUGUAUAUUGUGGCUCAGUUAUUUAUACUUUCUAUAUUGCAGUGUGUCACGCGACAUGAUCCACUUGUGGCCUGAUUUUGGAAGAAGAAAAAAGAAGAAUGUAAUAGCAUUUGAUAUGAACAUUCCAGCCUGUCGAAUUAAUCAAGUUCUGAAUAGUUGUAAGAAUAUUAAAGGUAAAUACCAGUUGUGGUAACGAUCUCAAAAUGAGUUCGAACAGAAUCCAAUAAAAUUACCACCCAAGUGUUUGUAUGUCUAAAUAAAAAAUGUGUGCCAAAUGGCUCUGGAAGAAAAUGCAUAAUUGCUGAGAUAUGAUCAAAAUAAGCACGGAAUUUCAUCAAAUGUCGUGCAUUUUUUCCAAGCAAUAUUAAUACAUAUGCUUUUCUGUGUUAGUGAUCAUCAGAAUUGUCGAUUUUGAGCUAAAAUUUCACAAAGAUGAGUUUAUAUUAAGGUACCAGAUCUAGAUCUAUGAUAAUAUGGUGACAAUUUACCUUGAUUUAAAAGACUUUUUCAUGAAAUAAUUGUUUGCUGCAACUACUUUCUUUUACCUUUUAAAAUCAAACUCUUAGGGAGCGUUUCAUGAAAAGACUUGUUGAAUGAUUUAUUCACGGUCCAGUUUUAUCUGUUACCAUAGUAACAGUGCUUCUCAGCCAAUCCAUACCAAAGAUUUUUUUUCAUGUCAGACAACUUGUUUAUAGAUGACAACUGUUGAUGAAACGCUCUGCAGGCUAUUGCGAGCCUCCCUAUGCAAGUACAUGUGAGAAAAGUCAGUUCCAAAAUAUACUAAUGAUGUCAUAGAAAUCUUGGCCUUGGCUGCUAUUUGAAGCCAACUUGGACUGUAGUCCAACUACAAGGCUUGCAGAAUUUGAUUCUAGUACUCCUAGCAUUAUUCUGAACUUCCAAGUAAAAUUUUGAUUUUUUUUUUUUUUUUUUUCAUAUUCGAUGCAUAAUGCGAUUCGUUGAAAAAUGAGGUUGUACAUGUAAUUGAUCGCAGUGUGCAGCUGGCUUAAAGGGACUGUUUAUAAUGGUGCUAUGUCGCGUAAAUCUCUGAUAAUCUCAUACUUGGGCAAUAUUAUAUUGUGGCUGUUCUGAUGUUGAACAGAAUAUAAAUAAUAUUUGAAUAUGGUAGAGCAAGUGUUACUGGAUCUAGUAAUAUAUAUACAUAUAUAUUGCCAAAUGUUUCUCCCACUUUUACCGUAAUAGAUACUUUUGGUAAUAGCAUCUAGGCCUGUUCCUGCUUGAAAGAUGCUAAGUGUCUUUCACUGAGGUAUCCCGCAAUCCCCAUCAUUUAUGAUGAAAUAUGAGUAUUAGCGACAAAUUUUUUUUGGUGGGAUUACUGCAAGAAAGACGCAGCUUUGACUUUGGGUAAGGUGUCUUUGAUAUUGUGAUUGUUGUAGCCUGAAUAUGAUUUGUUUGCAGUGCCUAUAUUACCAUGUGUACCAAUGGUGCUAUUUUUUUUUCUUUACGAGUCAACUUUGUGUUUGUACACAUGCAUGCAUAUUAUGAAUAAGUAUUUUUUCUCAAUGAGGUACAGUAGAUGCGCUUUUUAUUUUGUUGUAGAUCAUGCCAGCCAGAUUUAAUUCUAGCCAUUUACGGUAUUGAUUGUGUUACAAUUUGUGUUUACUUUUAGCUCUCUGUACUUUCAAAUGCUCAAGCCUGGUCUGGAAAAUGUAUGUGACUGAAAUCAAAUCAUCAGUGCUGUCGCUGAUGAGCACAUUCAGUCUUGUUCUCUCUCCCUCUCCUCUUCUUUCUCUCUCCUUCACUCUGGCCCUUUGUCUCCCUCUCUCUCCCUCCCCCUUUCUUCACCGUCUCUCUAUCUCCCUCUCUUCUCCUUUCUGUCCCUAUAUUUUUCUUGUUUUCUCUUUUCUCUCUCUCCUACCAUUGCAUGUUAUGCCUCUCCUCAUAUCGCUUCUAUCUUCCUUUGUCCUUGGCACUUCCUUCCUCUGUUUUACCAAACUCUUUCUCCUAUCUCUAAAUUCGUAUUGAACAUAGUAUUACAGAAAGGUCGGUAGAUCCCUCUCUUUUCUUUACUGUCCCUAUAUUUUUCUUGUUUUCUCUUGCUCUCUCUCUAUCCCCCACACUUUCUCCUAACAUUGCCUCUCAUUGGCUCUCAUAUCGCUUCCAUCUUCCUUUGUCCUGGGCACUUCCUUCUCGGUUUUCCCUAACUCACUCUCUCUCUCUGUCCUAUCUCUAAAUCCUUAUUGAACACAGUAUUAUAGAAAGGUCAGUAGAUCAUAUUAUGCUGCUUUAUAAUAAUGGCUCGGCAUGGGAGUUGGGCAUUUUUAUUUAUGUUUGUAUUUGUGUUUGAAAGACAGUGCCAUCAUAUGAUUUUUAUCGAUAUUGUAUUACAUUAUCUUUAUGUUGCCACAGUAUACAACUCUCGGUCCGAUUACCAUAUACAGUGGUGCUCAAAAGUUGAGUGAACCUGUCCUCACCAGAAAAUUAACAUAUUUCAAGUGUUCAGGUAUUGUCAUAUUUUAGAUAUUUAAUUGCGAAGUGAGGUGAUAAAACAUACGUUCAUUAAAGUUUGUUUCUUGGGGCUCAUCAAUCAUUGUAGUGUUGUCUACACUCGGCAUAAAGGAGUGCAUUGUGUGGGGGGUACUCGAAUUAUAACAUGAUACCUAUGUGCCACGCCAAAGUUGAAAAUGAGGGCUCUGGAACUAUGUAUGUUAGGCAGCAUGAAUGGCUCUUGGAUCUACGUUUGCUAAAAACGCAAUGCUCCGGAAGUGACUACAUAAAAAACGGGGGUCUCCAGAACUUAGAGUGUCUUCGGAACAGGAAAAAAAAAAAGAAUUAAGGCUGAGAGGGGGGGUCUCAACCGCGGCAUAUACGUAUCAUACAUUUAUACUGAGUACCCCCCCCCCCCCCCCGAGGGGUAGGGUUCACUGACUUUUGAGCACAACUGUAUAUACCCAUACAUAUGUAUGUUCAAGGGGCUCGAGCAGAAAGAUUUUGGUAUCGAUACAAUUCAAGAAAUCAAACACAAUCCCCAAAUACUUGCUUCUGAUUGGUUGCACAUCAAGUUGCGUUUGAUUCCAACUCUUUCUGCAACAGGCCCCUGAAGUCAUAAAGUCACGUACUCCUUUGUUUUGUUCUCUUUUGUAAUUUAUUGUGGCCAAUGUCCAUCUCUUCUGUUAUAAGUGGAAUGUCAUUUGGGUGUCGCAGCAAAGUGUGUUACUACCUGCAGACAGGAUCAAAGUCUAAGUGGGCUGAAGUUCCAAACACAUGAACUAUCAUUACAUCGAUGUUUACAUCAGGGAAGUAUAACAAAUCAUGGUACAAGUAUUCAGGGAAGAGCUGGUAUGGUGGCACCAAGCUAUAAACACGUAAUCUUGUCCCCAGCUAGCUUCAUGACAAUGCAUUCUGGUGUGAUAGGGUGCUAGUCUGUUGAUAAAAGCUUGAAUGCAGAACCUGGGCCUGUUGAAUAUGAAAGCUAUAACUUUGCCAUCCAAUGGUAGGUUAACUCCUAUGGAAUCCUUGAUCUCGAUUGGACGUUGCACAUUAUUGCCAUUGGAUGGCAAAAUGUAGUAGAUUUCAUGCAAUAGAACCUGGAAAUGUAUUUGAAGCCUCCUUCGGAUCUUUUUGGGAAGCAUUCUAGGAUUAGGAUGUUCUCAUGCCAUCGGAUAGCUGAAUCAGGGAGACCCUAUAGUAUCACAUUGAGAAAUGAUUUGUAAUGGUUUAUUUCCAAUUCGUCCAAUUGCCAACUUGUCUACUAUCAUUUGGUCUACCAUCAGUUCGUCCACUCACCACAUGGUCUAUUAGUCUAAUGCCAUUCCGUCCAAUAACCAGUCGGUCCAAUAGCCAUUUAUUCCAUAUACCAUUUGGUCUAAUUGGACUUAGUGUCAAAUUGUGGAAAAUUAAUAAAAUGAACCGGAUAUUAGACCAACUGGUUAUGAGACUAAAUGGUCGUAGACAAAAUGGUGAUUAGACGAAGUGAUGAUUGGACCAAAUGGUUGUUAGACGAAUUGUUGAUAUACUGAAUGGCAUUAGACUAAAUGAAAUUAGACCAUGUGGUGAGUGGACGAGUUGGCAGUAGAUGAAUUGGCAAUUUACCUUUGUAAUAUGGGCGUGAUCAUGUCCAUAUAUCAUGUGUUAAUUAUUGAAUAAGAUGUUAUGUAAUAAGUAGGUGAAAUCUGCCAAAUACGUUUAGUUAUUGCCAACGUUUACAUAUACAUACCGUUUUGGACAAAUUACAUAUCAUUCCCAUAAUGCAUGUUACAUCUUAUUGCUGUAUAAUGCUCGGUUCAUUGGCCGUUAAUUCUAAAUGACCGGAGACCGUUAUCAUGCAAACUUUCCUUGCCCAAAACAAUGUAAACCUGUCAUUUGUAGGAAUUUAAAAUUAUUUGAUUCUUGAAAACAUUCAGUUUCCAGGAUAAAAUGACUCCAACUGUUCAGUUAUCAAAAUUUCAAGGUAAUGUAUAACAUGAUAAAUUCAUUUUUGUAAAAUUCAUAUGAAUUUGCUACGAAUAAACUGAAAUCACAUUUAUAUUAAAAGGGAAUGGAUAUUGUACCUUUGACAAUCUUAUUACCAAAAAUCUUCCAACCGACAAUUUUCUUGAAUAAACUGUGCUUUAUAUAUUCCCUCCUCUUAUUUACUCUAUUAAUCAUGAUCACAUUCUUCUGAUGUUUAUGUACAUGUAAUAUUGCAUUGGAGUGAAAUAAUGAAUAUAGUUUAUAUACUUGUACAUUUAAAUGUAUGAAAGAAUUGAUGAAUUAAAAACUACAUGUAUACCUUUA